AUGUCCACGCUGCUCAACCACGGACUUUGGUUCCCUGCUCGCAAGUCCGCGGGCAGCAGGGUGUGCGAGCCGCAGGAGAGCAGCUACCCGAGCCGCCGCUGGAGCCUCAGCAUCGAUCAGCGCCGGCGGCAGGCUCUGCGGGGCUCCCGGCCCCGCCCUGGCCCGCUGCGAUCCCUGACCCAGCCCUCCCCGCAGGACCUCUCGCAGAUCGCGGCCCGGCUGGUGUCCGAGGACGUGGACAAGGACGUGCUCCUCCCCCAUCCGCCGAGGACCGCCGAGUCCACCAAGGCCUUCCAAGCCGCCUUGGUCCAGAGUGCGCCUUUCCGGCACAACGUGACUUUGGAGGCCCAGGCCUCGAGGUCUCGGCCCUCUUAAGAGCCCACUCAGCCCAGUGUCUGUCUGCCAGCGCCUUUCCUGUGGGUUCUGGGGAGACAGCCUGCCAGGUCUGGGCCGCACGUCCCCUGUGCCCCAUCACAGCCCACCUGACGGUCACGACCAGCCAGGGAGGAGGACACAGGCCCCGGGAGGGCGUCUGGCUGCCCCGCCUCAGAGCUCGCACCCCGGAGGCCUUGGAGGCCCCCCGGUUGGUGUGACGUGUGCAGCCCAGCCUUCAAGAGGCUGUCCAGAGACGCCUGGGGGACAGUGCAGUGGCACCUUCCGGGAUGGCCCCCUAGGCUGCCAGGGGCCAUUACCCUGGGGAUGAGCAGCUGUUGGUGGCCUGGGAGGGGUGUGGCUCUUGGCGCCUGGACCACCUCUCACCUGGCCUGGGUGGAGGGAGUCCGGGCUGAGGUGCGUGGCCCCCUCGGGAAUUGGGCACCUGCCUGCGUGGAGCAGAGGUGUGCAGGGACCAGCAGUCUUCCAGGAGAGUGGGGUUUUGAUGUCAUGAGCCGCCUGUACUGGUGCCUGCCCGCGGGGAGCACUGGGUCUCACUUUGGAUCUUCGGGAGGCCCACAGGGGCACACGGAC